AUGGGUCUCAAGCGCGGGAAACGAGCUUCAUCCGAAGACGUCGAACCAGCUGUUUCGGAAGACCGUUCCAAGAGGGCCAAAACAGCCGGUGAUGCAGGCAAAGCCGGUCCAAAUGCUCAGAUAUCCGCGACUUUAGAUAAAGCUCCCAAGACGGAUUCCAACGGAGAUCCAUACUGGGAGAUCUCGCGGCAGAGGCGUGUCACUAUAUCUACAUUCAAGGGACGCGUCCUAGUGAAUGUGCGCGAGUAUUAUGAGAAAGAUGGUCAAGAACUGCCUGGAAAGAAGUUCAACAGCCUCGUUACAUUACUUCCUGAAAUCUCAGCCGUUAUCGAACAGAAAGGGGGCAAGGUUACUCGUCCGGAUUUCUCUGAGUCCGCUGCCACAGUUGGUGAAGAGGACGAAGAAAUGUCCGAUGUGGAUGAGGAAAAGUCGAAAUCAUCCAAUUCCAAAGCUAAGAAACCAUCGCCCACGAAAAACUUCGAGGCUACGAGCGACGAGGAUGACGACGAAUAA